AUGAGAGCCUACGAAUUCCUGACGAAUACACCGGUGAAGCUCGAUGAGCAUCGCGGAUAUCUCGUGGACGAUGUCGCACUCGUUCGGUCAAGCCCACCACUGUCCGAGCCGACAAGCGAAGGUAUGAUCGAACGAUGUGUGGUCGUACAGCGUCAGAGCGAUGGUUACGGCUUCACGGUUACUGGUGAUCAUCCGGUUUUCGUGCAUACAGUAAAACCCGAUGGAGCCGCAUUCUGUGCAGGUGUGCGAGAAGGGGAUCGGAUCUUGAAGGUGAACGGCAUGCCAGUGACGAGCAGCAAUCACUUGGAUGUUGUGCGCAUGAUUUCAGGCGGUCAGAACGUCGUACUCACACUUUUGGGUGCACCACCUGAGCCACUCGGUUUGUACCUGAUACCUGACUCAAAACUGGACACCAGUUCCAUCCACGAGCCUGUGCUUAUAGAGCAAAACACUGGUAAGGAAGACUGGAAACGAAAACGAAAAGAGCUGCUCAGUCAAAUGUUGGAUGAGGAACGGAAGCACGUUGAGGGACUUCGUGACUCGGAGAACAGUGAGAAACUCGAUCGUGCUCUGAAGCGGAUCGUGUCGUUGCAAUCGCAACUGCGACACGUGAAACCCUGGAUAAUAAUUAAUACUUGUUGUUUCAUAUUCCAGUCUCGUACUCCAAUGGAUGGUGAUUCAGACGAAGAUGAGACGGAGAGUCUCCAUGGUCCAUUUUCAAACUUGGCUGAGUUAAAAACACAUCCUGCUCACCUCGCUGUAUUUAUCAACUACUUACUAUCAAAUGCUAAUCCGAAUAGCUUGUUCUUCUAUGUGAUUACGGAUGCCUUCCAAAAUGCUCAAGGUGCGCCGAAGGAUUUUCGACGAUGGGCGUUCGAAAUUUUUACGACGUUCGUCAUACCGAAUUCACCGCUUGUAAUUCCAAACUCCGAUCAAAGCAUUAUACAACCAAUCGAUAAGAUUCUUGCCACGACGUCCGAGCAGAUUUGCGAAUCGGAUGUGGAGAUCUUGAAACGGGUAUUUGUUCCUGGCCGACAACGUGCCGUCACGGACAUCAACGAGCAUAUGGCAAAUUUUCGUCAGAAACGACAACUAGGGUUGGGCACCAUCUUUGAUGCCAACCAACUGGCGAAUCUAGCUCGUGGUGAUACUGCUAUGGAGAACCGGGUCGGUGAGCAAAUGAUGUUUCGAGCCUUGGAAAAUAUUGUCGGUUCGUCCAACGACUUCGAUUCAUGUGAUAUGAAAACUCAAGCGAUCGUUGCGAGUUUAGCGACAGUAAUAAGGGUCGUACUUGGUCCCAAACCAUCAACGACAUCGUGGGAGAAAAUUAUGGAACGCUAUCCUCAGUUUAUCAUGAAGGAUAAAGGUGGAAAAAGUCGAAAGCCGCCAAGCAGUCUCAAAGCUAAGGCGCAGGUGAAAGGACACAUGUUUGUCGUGAAUCCGGUUAACACGGUUCAUUACUGCUAUCAGUGUCGUGAUGCCAUUUGGGGAAUGCAACCAUGGUGUUAUUUUUGUGCCAAUUGCGACGUGAAGGUGCACACCCAAUGUACAUCUUCCUUGACAGAUGCGUGUUAUCCGGCAACACAAGGCAAACACAAAUCAAAGACACGACGUGCCGGCUUGAUGGGCAAAUCAGAUGCAGAAGACGAGGAGACGCCACGGGUCGAGCACAAUGUGAAGUCGACAAGUUCGGAUUCCGGCAUUGGCCAGGAGAUCCACGAUAAACCUGUUGGUAGAUCGCAUAGUAUGCGAAAUCGUGUGUCAACGAUACCUCAAAUCCCCGAUGAACGAUUGACAACCAAACGUGAUCGAUCAACUCCAUCUUGGGGUAGCGAUCUUCCACCAGCCGAUGAAGAAGAGGAAAGCACACGACGAUUACGAACAGUCGAGUCGAGGUCAGAAGCGAGUGAUUACUUGUCAAAUGUUCUCUUCUUGAAAUUUACUCGGCUAAAAGCGACAAAAUACUCUGUUCAGAUGAAACGUGCUGUUGAACGAAUGCAGGCGUCGUCCAUCUACGAAGAUGAUAGCGAUCUGGAGGUGGAGACGGAAGCUCCUCCCCUUGAUCAGCUUGUUGGUUGGGAUGUCAUACGGCAUCUGAAACCAAAGGAAAAGAAACGGCAGGAAGUCAUCAACGAACUUUUCCAUACGGAACGGACUCAUGUACGGAAUCUGAAGAUAUUAUUACGGGUAUUCUAUAAGCCUAUGCUGAUGAAUAAUGUUGUAUCACCGGACGUUGUGCAUUUGUUAUUUGCAAAUUUGGACCAAUUGUUGGAAAUUCAUACGGAUAUGUCAAAUCGAAUGCGACAAGCCGUUGAACAGUGGCGACGAGAUCCAAACCUGAAUGGCCUUUAUGGUAACAUUGGUGAAUUGAUGGAGAAGAUGUUUGAAGGCGAAGCUGGUGAAAAGUUCAUGCAAGUCACAUCAACGUUCUGCCAACAUCAACAGCAUGCCCUCGAAAUGUUAAGAACAAGAUGUAAAAAAGACAAAGAGGACGCUCUAGUGCGGUUUCUGGCUGAUGCUGAAGCAAACGCGCUCUGUCGCAAAUUACAACUGAAGGACAUGAUACCCGUUGAAAUGCAACGCCUCGUGAAAUAUCCGCUUUUACUGGAAACCAUCGCCAAGUAUACGAAUGAACCUAGCGAGGAACAAGAUCGUCUUCUGCGUACGGUUGUGUCGGCAAAACGAAUACUAAGCGCUGUGAACACAGCAAAACGCAAUGCCGAAAAUUUGCGACGUUUGGAAGAACUACAACGUCGAAUGGACACAACACCUUUCGACAAGGAGUUCAGUGGGCACGACUAUGCUUACCUGAAUCUCACAAAAUACCGUCUCGUACAUGACGGCCCGUUGACGUGUCGAUUCAAUCGAGGAAAGAUGAUCGAGUUGCAUGUGGUAUUACUGGAGAACAUGCUGGUAUUUCUCACAAAGCACAGCGAUGGUAACAAGUUGCAAUUGAAGACUUUGGAACCAUCAAAAGAAACGAAAUGGUCACCGAUAAUGCCGUUGGCUCCUUUGAUUGCAAAGGAGAAGGCAAAUGACAAACGGGCAUUCUUUCUCGUGUUCAACAGUCAAUAUGGUGCACAGAUCUAUGAGCUUGUAGCAGCCACGGCAACUGAAAGGAAGACAUGGUUCAAAUUGAUAUCCGAUCAGAUCGAGAACGACAAAAAACAUCAAACUCAAGGAAUCGAGUUAGAAGCUUUUCCCGUUGUUCCCACCUUUACUUCAUUAAUAAGUAUGUCAUUAAAGGUCCAUGUGCUAACACACCCACGACUGGUUCAUGCAUCAGAAAUUACUGUGCAACAACCUACAGUACUAGAACAUGCCCAACCAGUACUCACCCCAACGGAACGAUUACGGCGUAGUGAUGACGUCAUCUUCCAAGCUCUACUUACCAAGCAAACAAUUUUGGCACAAUUUUUACCUGGAGAGAAGAAGGGAAGGACAGAAGAGCUGGAGAAGCUAACGGAAUUGUUAGGCGGUCUGGCCGUGGCAGAUUUGAAGCAACGCGAUUGCAAAGAGCUAGCGAUGUCUGCUAUAGUGCACGGAAAUCGAUUACUUGACAGUAUUAAUCAAGGUAUGAAUGCACGAAAAGAGGCCGAUGAAACGAAUCCUGGCGCUUCGUUGCUUGUCCUUGAUGACGCCGAGAAAAACCUACCCUCCGUGCCCUGCUACAAGCUUACUGCCAUUGCCGCACCAUUGAUGAAUCAUUUGAAAGCCCUUAUGCAAGUGAUACAGGAUCAACAGUCGGAGCUCAAUACAGUGAAACAACAGCUGUAUCACUACAAAGAAUUGGCUGAAUCUGGCUCGAGGGAUCGGUCAGUCAGUGAGGAAACGCUAACUGAAUGUGCAACAGAUCCGCAGGAACGUAAACUGAUAACAAAACGACAACGGACACCGUCUAUACAACCUGUUACAUGA